UGGGGAAGGAAAGGUGCUUAUCUGUCUAUAAAAAGAUAAGAGAUUUCUACUGAAAAUAAACUUUUAAAAUAUAAUCAUAUGACUUUUGUUUCUUUGGUUAUGCAGCUGCCUUGGAAUCUGAGCUUCUGGUAAACACGUUGGCCUCUUAAAGGACAUGAUUCAGACUGUCCCAGAUCCAGCAGCUCACAUCAAGGAAGCGUUAUCAGUGGUGAGUGAAGACCAGUCCUUGUUCGAGUGCGCCUACGGAUCACCCCACCUUGGAAAGACAGAGAUGACGGCCUCCUCCUCCAGUGAAUAUGGGCAGACGUCAAAGAUGAGUCCGCGUGUUCCCCAGCAAGACUGGUUAUCACAGCCCCCAGCCAGAGUCACCAUCAAGAUGGAGUGUAAUCCAAACCAGGUUAAUGGGUCAAGGAAUUCACCUGAUGACUGCAGCGUGGCAAAAGGAGGGAAAAUGGUUAGCGGCUCAGAGAAUGUUGGGAUGAACUAUGGAAGCUACAUGGAAGAGAAGCACAUUCCACCCCCAAAUAUGACUACCAAUGAACGAAGAGUUAUUGUGCCAGCAGAUCCUACGUUAUGGAGUACAGACCACGUGCGCCAGUGGCUGGAGUGGGCAGUGAAGGAGUAUGGUCUCCCAGACGUGGACAUCUUGUUGUUCCAGAACAUUGAUGGGAAGGAGUUGUGUAAAAUGACCAAAGAUGACUUCCAGAGACUCACCCCAAGCUACAAUGCAGAUAUCCUGCUGUCACAUCUACACUACCUCAGAGAGACUCCUCUUCCACAUUUGACUUCAGAUGAUGUUGAUAAGGCCUUACAAAACUCUCCACGGUUAAUGCAUGCUAGAAACACAGGAGGUGCCACUUUUAUUUUUCCAAAUACAUCAGUUUAUCCAGAAGCAACACAAAGAAUUACAACCAGGCCAGAUUUGCCUUAUGAGCAAGCCAGGAGAUCAGCAUGGACGAGUCACACCCACCCUACUCCUCAGUCAAAAGCUACUCAGCCAUCAUCCUCAACAGUGCCCAAAACAGAAGACCAGCGUCCUCAGUUAGAUCCUUAUCAGAUUCUUGGACCGACCAGCAGCCGUCUUGCAAAUCCAGGGAGUGGGCAGAUACAGCUAUGGCAGUUCCUGCUGGAGCUCCUCUCAGACAGCUCCAACUCUAACUGCAUCACCUGGGAGGGCACGAACGGGGAGUUCAAGAUGACCGACCCUGAUGAAGUGGCUCGGCGCUGGGGGGAGAGGAAAAGCAAGCCUAACAUGAACUAUGACAAACUCAGCCGUGCACUCCGCUACUAUUAUGAUAAAAAUAUUAUGACUAAGGUUCAUGGUAAGCGCUAUGCCUACAAAUUUGAUUUCCAUGGAAUCGCUCAGGCCCUUCAGCCUCACCCCCCGGAGUCAUCCAUGUACAAAUACCCGUCAGACCUCCCCUAUAUGAGCUCCUACCAUGCACACCCCCAGAAGAUGAACUUUGUAGCUCCCCACCCCCCUGCUUUGCCUGUAACCUCAUCCAGCUUUUUUGCUGCCCCUAAUCCAUACUGGAAUUCACCAACUGGAGGUAUCUACCCCAAUACCAGGCUGCCAGCUGCUCAUAUGCCUUCUCAUCUUGGCACCUACUACUAAGUGGGGAAAAAAAGAAACACCAGAAAAAGGAAACAAAGACACUGCUCACUGGGACACAGUCCCUGAUGAGCUGCAAUGAACUCUAUCGGAGUACAUGAAUUAAAAGUGCCUAAAGAGACAGGUGAAGGUUUGGCUGGGAAA